AUGGGCAACAUGGCAACAGAGAUCGUUGCCUUCCUCCUGACCAUCUCUGGGUGGAUCCUGGUGUCGUCCACCCUGCCGACAGACUACUGGAAGGUGUCCUCCGUGGAUGGGACGGUUAUUACCACAGCCACCUUCUGGUCCAACCUCUGGAAAACCUGCGUCACUGAUUCCACUGGCGUGUCAAACUGCAAAGACUUUCCUUCAAUGCUGGCUCUGGAUGCCUAUAUCCAGGUGUGUCGGGGCCUGAUGAUCGCCGCCGUGUGUCUGGGUUUCUUUGGCGCCAUUCUCGCUCUCGUGGGGAUGAAGUGCACGAAAAUCGGGGGCUCAGAGACGACCAAAGCUCGUCUGACCGUCCUGUCGGGCUUCCACUUCAUCCUCGGCGGCCUGUGCUGCAUGACGGCAUGCUCCAUAUACGCUCACAGGGUCACAAGUGACUUCUUUGAUCCCUUCUUCGUGGCCCAGAAGUUUGAGCUCGGGGCAGCUCUCUUCAUCGGCUGGGCCGGAUCCGUGCUAGCUGAAUAUUCCUACAGAGGACCAGCGUCACUGGUCACAGCGCGCAACAAGUGCAGCAAAACCACCAGCGGCCCGACAGAACCAGUGGAGCCGUCCAGGCAGUUUGGAAGAAACGCCUACGUGUGA